CCUUUCUUUCCCCUAGGCUGGUAUAGAUGGAGAGAGUAUUGGGAACUGUCCUUUUUCACAGCGUCUCUUCAUGAUCCUCUGGCUCAAAGGAGUUGUGUUUAAUGUCACCACAGUUGACCUGAAAAGAAAGCCAGCUGAUCUACACAAUUUGGCCCCUGGGACCCACCCGCCAUUCUUGACUUUUAAUGGAGAGGUCAAGACUGACAUCAACAAAAUCGAGGAGUUCCUGGAGGAGAUGCUUGCACCACCAAAGUACCCCAAGUUGGCUGCUGUACAUCGUGAAUCAAACACCGCAGGGAUAGAUAUCUUCUCCAAAUUCUCUGCAUACAUAAAAAACACCAAGCAGCAGGACAACACCGGCCUUGAGAGAGGUUUGACAAAGGCUUUAAAGAAGCUGGACGACUAUCUGAACACCCCGCUCCCAGAAGAAAUCGAUGCAGACAGCACUGAAGAGGAGAAAGUGUCUAAACGCAAGUUUCUGGACGGGGAUGAGCUGACGCUUGCUGAUUGCAACCUUCUGCCCAAACUUCAUGUUGUUAAGAUUGUAGCUAAGAAAUACCGCAACUAUGAGUUCCCAACAGAGAUGACGGGGCUAUGGCGAUACCUGAAGAAUGCUUAUGCCAGGGAUGAAUUCACCAACACUUGUGCUGCAGACAAAGAAACUGAGCAAGCUUAUGCAGAUGUGGCCAAGCGGCUCAGCAAAUCCUAACUGACAUCAGCAAGGGCUCAGUAUCCCCAGUUCACAGACCCCUCUCCUUGUUGCCUUAAGAUAUAUUCUUCCUCCUGUUUCUGGUUGGUAUUGCCAUAACUUCAGCUGUUAAAGCGUAUUGGUCAGGGCCAAAUCUGCCUCUCCCUAGAGAAAACAUAAGGCAACAGCAGGGGGGUAAAAAAACCCUCUGGAAUCUGAACGCAAGAGCUGGAGCAAGUAUUAUUAUUGGCAAUUAUCAGUAUUUGAAAUUAUUCGUCUUUUUUUUUUAAUAUCAGCCACCUAUUUUAUUGGGAACUUUAAAAAAUAGGAUAUUUAGCUGAAAAUUUCAAGUAGAUGGAUUAGGAAUGUACAGAACAGGUUCUUUUCUGGCCCUUUUCAAGGACACUUUUUUCUGAUGUGAUCUAUCCAAAAUAACACUGCUAGUGGGAACCUUGAGGUAGUAGGAACGUGGUGUGUAUGAAAGCAAAAAGAGUUUGACCCUAAGGGAGAAAUUUUCUUAGCAGGUAUAUAUUCAGAAACCUCUGUUUUAAUGGGGCUGGAGGAGGUUAUAAGAUGAGCAUUACUGACGUGGCACUAGUGAGGAAAGCAUCAGUGAAUAUGUCAAACUUGCAGAUGCUGCUUGGCAUAUGAUUUGCAUAUUUCCACUUCACCCAAAUCAUACAAGGAAAAGAGAAUGAGAGAUGAACUGGGCAGUUCUUGGAACAGCAGUGCUGAUACCCAAAAGCCCACUGGCUCUAUGAGGGGACGUACUCAGAUGCUGUAGUAAUAGGGGCCAUAUAAUUAGCCCGUUACAUAUAAAGAAUCCUCACAGCUAGCUGACUCAUUUUAGAUAUUCUCACCUUAACUGUAUAUUUGCCAGCUUAUUUAGAUUGGGAGCCCGUGGUGGGAGUGGAAAUCUGUUGCCUCGUUUGAACACCAGAUUGGGGAGAAAUACCCAAUUUUGAGCUUUUGAAAUUGAUCACCUUUCAAAGUUCAUCUCCCAUUCUAGAGAGCAGGUUGGCCUGAAAACUUUAAGGAGGAUGAGCUGGAAGGGAGACCUGAAGCAGAGAAAUUCCCACCCUAGCCAGAAGGUUGGCAAGUAUCCCAGCACAAACGCACAAUGGCUUUGUCCCAGUCAUUUCCUGUUUCAUAUCACUGCUGUUUAAAUGACCCUUCUGACUGUGCACUAGGGUUGGUUUCCGAAGCAAUUAGUUUGUGCUACGGGCAGCCAUUUUAUGAACAGAUCUGCUCAGUACUGAUCACUUUAUUGGUGAAUUACUUUAAGAAAUUAAGAGUAACAAUUCUUUUGUAUGAAAUAUAAAAGAUUGAGCUGACUUAGCUAGCUAUAUAUCAGGGAGAGGAUGGCUCCCAAUCUUCAUCAAAUCUGGAGAUGUAUAGUUGUUUGAAAAGAUAAAAUAAAAUUGAACUCUAGCACUCCUUGGGUCCACUCCUGAUCAGACCCCUGCUCCUGUAUGAAACCACAGUGACCUCAGUGAGACUCCACACUGGCAAACCCUUAAAUGGGGGAACCCAGGAUCAGGCCUUUGUUUGCAAUUAGAAAGCUAAUGGAUUGGAGGCAUAAGGCCAGAAUCUGCUCUGUUACACAGAUGUAGAUCUAGAGUAAUUCCAGUGACUUUGGCGGAGUUACUCUGCAUUCACAGCAGCGCAGCUGAGAACAGAAUCUUGCCCAUCGAAUGAUAACAUUUAUGGCUGACUGCAGUAUUGCACAGAGCAGUCAAUUUGCUCUGAACUUUCCAAAACCUUGGAAGAAAGUCCAUGAGCUCCCUAGUCUUCCCUCAGACCUCAGAAUGGGCUAUUUAAAGAAGCAAAGGCUCACACUCUUUACAAUGUUGCUGAGAAAUUAACUGGCUCUGAGAGCAGGAGUAACAGCCAGCAAAAUACAAUGAGAUUAGAAGAGUCUGCACAUGCACACGUGGCUCAUUAAAAAUGUGUCUUCAUAACAUAA